UCAAAAAAAGGGCAAUGUCAUGUCCUGCGUCUUGAGAUGUUCUUUCCAACAAAAAAAAAAAUAUUAAUAUAUUGAACGAACCAGAACCGAGAGAUUUGGGAUGCCAAAUGAGUCUUUUUUGACCCUUGUUUGGCUCAUAUCUCCCUGAAACCUGAAGAUUUCUGACUGAAAAUUUUAUGGUAGUCUUCCCUCUCUAGCGCCAACAUAUCCUGAAAGUUUCAUGUCAUUUGGAUGUUCCUGGGCUGAAAUCGAUUUUUGAGGGGGGCGGAGCCUUAAACAGGAUUAUCUUGAAACGAAACGAAAUUAUCAAUAUUCAUCUGAGGCAAUGUUUUAUCCUGAUGCUCCCUUCCGCAAGGACCAAUACAACCUUUGACGAAGCGCUCUCACCUCAACAAAUCCUAAAUUUGAAACUUAAAAAUUUUCUUUUUUCUUUUUUAAGAUUUCUUCAUUCACUGUUAGUUGUAUUUAUGUUGAAAAUAUUGUUGAUAUUCAAGCACAUUCAUUACGUAUUCUAACUGAAUUAUUUUCUCGUUAUGAACAUCAUCGUGAUUCAAUACUUGAAGAUCUUCUUUUAUCAAUAGCACGUUUACCAACAAGUAAAAAAAGUCUUCGUUGUUAUCGUUUACCAUCUGGUGAAUCUAUACAAAUGUUUACGGCAUUAAUUAUGAAUUUAAUUCAUGCACCUGUAUCAUUAGGAUCAGUAACAAAUUUAAAUAUAAUUGAUACAACAAAUGAAUUAUAUUUAUUAAAUACAUAUUCCACAGCACAAAAUUUAGCAUUUAAAUUUUUAACAUUAUUUUUUCGUUCAUGUGGAACAAAACAAGGUGAAGAUGAUUAUCGUAUUGUAUUUGAAAAUUUUUUAGCUGAUUUACUUGUUACGGCUAAUCGACCUGAAUGGCCAGCAUCAGAAAUUCUUUUAACAUUAUUAUCACGUAUAUUAAUGACAAAUUUUUCCAAUCAUUCAUUACCAAUCAAUACACGUUUACAAUCAUUAGAUUAUUUAGGUUCAGUUGCAGCACAAUUAAGAAAAGAUACAAUUGAUAAUGAUGUUUUAAAUUCAAAAGAAAAUCAAGAUAAACUUGAUCACAUUGUUCAUAAAACUUUAUCAAGUAUUGAAUUGGAUGAAGAUGUUAUGGAUGUUUAUAAAACUGAUCCAUUACGUUAUCAUCGUAGUUUAGUUAUUUAUCUUAAUGAAUUAAGUUUAAGUGAUCAAACAAGUCAUGUAAGUCACAAAUUUCUUCAGAUAUAUAAAUAGAUGAAUUUUUUUAUUUUUACAUCAAAGAUUCUAUUAUUUUCACCAUUCGUAAUAUCUCUUGAAAAAUAUUAAGAUAUGAUAUGACUAAAGCCUAUAAUAGUUUUCGCUAGAUUAGAACCGAGACAAAAAAGAAAAUAAAUGCGGAAACUUCGGAUUUAAAUCCGAGAGUUAUGUGUACGUCAAAAAGUGAAUCAUACAAAUCAAUCAUCCUAGACUGUCGGAAUAUCAAAAUCAUACUGUGAAAUCUACCAUUUAAAAUGUUGAUUUAUAUUGUGCGUUGCC